GCGAGCGCGAGAGUGAUGUAGGAGUGGUUUCUCUCUCAGACACAUUAAACCAUCUCACAGAAACGCUAUUUCACGAAGCUUUGCCUUAAAUUCAUAAUCACAGCAGCUUCCAGGCGUUACCCACGCGUAAACACAGGAAUGACAGAGAAUAAAGUUCGUCUCGAGUCUCCUCGGAUCUGCUAGGUCAUUAUCCACACAGCUGGAUUAACGGAGCUUUGUCCUGGUCCAACUUCUCCUCGCUGGAAUGUGCCGUGAUUGAAGGAUCUGGCCCGCUGUUACACACACACGGACUGACACACACUCUGGGUCGGAUCACACACACUCGCCUGGACGUCGUCAUGUUGGCUCUCGUGUUGUUCGCUCUGCUGGCUGUCCGCUCUCACGCUCUCGAGGUCCACGUCCCAGAAUCCCCUGUGGUGUCUCAGUUUGGGAUGGACACAGUCCUGAACUGCUCUUUCUCCGGGGUCUCAGAGUUUAACCUGUCGGACCUGAGUGUGUUCUGGCAGCUGUCGGACACCAAGCGCAACGUACACAGCUAUUGGCUGAACCGGGAUCAGCUGACCGACCAAGACGAGCGCUUCUCCAACCGCACCAGCCUGUUCCCUGGUCAGCUGAGGUUCGGGAACGUCUCGCUCCUGCUGAAGAACGUGCGCGUCGCGGACGAGGGAAGUUACUCGUGUUUCGUCAGAGUCCAGGAGUACAGCAGCGGAGCCAUGCUAAUGCAAGUCGCAGCGCCGUUCUCCAAACCCCUGGUCACCUGGGGCAGCGAGUCCCUCCUGAAGCCCGGGGACGCGGUGGCCCUCACCUGUGUGGCGUACGGGGGGUAUCCCGAGGCGCAGGUGCUCUGGCAGGACGGCGCGGGGCAAAACCUCACGGACAACGUUACCGUCUCGCAAGUAGCGAACGAGGAGGGUCUGUUCAGUGUGAAGAGCGUCCUGACCGUCAUUCUGGAGCCCGACAGCACAUACACCUGCAGACUGACCAAUCCACUGCUGGGAGACGAGGCGCUCGCGUCGGUUACCAUCACGGGUGAGUCGCUGAGCUCAACCGAACCAAAAGAUCAUUUCCUGAUGACUCCUCAAACCUCCACAAAAAUAUAUCAUCUGCAAUCAUGA